GCGAUAGUGCGAAGAUUUGUUUCCUCUUUACAAUGAAUGCAACAAACUUAUACUAAUGUUUUCAAAUGAAAAAUGGAGUUUUACGUACAGACUUUACUUCAAUUUCUCUUAUUUACAUUAUUUUGUGAGGACGGUUGCGCACAGGUGUUCAAUCUCAGUCUGUCCAUAGAGGAAGGUUUACCUGCAAAAACUAUUGUCGGGGACAUAAGAGCUGGACUGCCGGCGAAAACCCAAAGUUCUGGAUUCUUUAUAUCUGAGAGCAGAGACUCAGAUGUGUUCAGAGACUUUGAGAUCGAUGGAGACACCGGGAUCAUCUCCACCGCCGUGGUGUUGGAUCGAGAGCGCACGAAGAAGUACGAGUUCGCGGCCGCCACUUUAACAGGAGAGGUUAUUAAAGUAAUCAUCGAGGUGAAGGACGUGAAUGAUCAUUCCCCUGUAUUCCCUGUAAAAACAAUCCAGUUGAAUGUGUCUGAAUCGAGCCCUCCAGGAACCUGCUUUGAGUUGGAAGGAGCUCGGGACCAGGAUGAGGGUGAUUAUGGCAUCCAGGGCUACAGAAUUACAGACGGAGAUAUGAGGAAACUCUUUAAAGUCGAGAUCCGCAAUAGUGGAGGUGGUAUGUUCAGUUUUGACCUUAUUCUGCAAGCGAGAUUAGACAGAGAAAUUACAAGCUUCUACAGUUUCACAAUUGAGUCAUUCGAUGGUGGUUUGCCACCCAAAACAGGCCAGUUGCAAGUGCAUAUUACUGUACUUGAUGAAAAUGACAACCAGCCUGUGUUCAAUCAGACAGAGUACCAUGCUGUUGUAUGGGAAAACACCCCAUUAAUGACACCUGUCUGCCAGGUAUUUGCGACAGACCCAGAUCUUGGCAGCAAUGGCUGGGUCACCUAUAAGAUCAACCGCCGUCAAAGUGACCCAAAUGAGUUUUUCGUUAUUGAUAGUUCAUCAGGUAUUAUUAGUGUCAAUAAAUUUUUGGACUAUGAAAACCAGUCAUUUUUUGAGCUUGUUGUGACAGCAUGGGACUCUGGGAUUCAGCCUGAAUCCUCCAGCACAUUCGUAAGUAUUAAAGUCCUGGAUGUCAAUGACAACCACCCAAAUAUUAGCAUCCUUUUUCUUAAUGAGGCCGGAGCACCUGAAGUAUCUGAGGGGGCGAGACCUGGAGACUAUGUUGCAAGGAUUGCAGUCUCAGAUCCAGAUUUAGGAGAUGUCAAGAAGAUUGAUGUGCACCUCCAAGGUGGGGAUGGGACGUUCUCCCUCAGAUCCACUGAUGAUUUUCUUUAUGUUCUCUGUGUGGAUGGUCCACUGGACCGAGAGGUAAAGGACUUGUAUGAACUCACUGUGACAGCCAGAGAUUUCGGUUCUCCUCCUCUAAGCAGUGAAACAACAUUUCAGGUUCAGGUCACAGAUGUGAAUGACAAUCCACCUGUUUUUGACCAAAACAUCUAUGAGGAGAGCGUUCCUGAGGAUGUGCGUGAGGGAACAGCUCUCUUCCAAGUCAAGGCCACAGACAGAGAUCUAGGAGGAGAUUCUGGAAUCAUCUACUCUAUUAUGCAGCCAGAGCAGGAGCAGUUGUUGAAUAUAGAUGCAACAUCAGGUCUCAUUACCACUGCUGCAGGCCUAGACCAUGAGAGAGAGACAGAGCUGAGGUUCUUGGUGGUGGCUACCGAUGGUGGUUCCUCCCCUCUGUCCUCUACAGCCACUGUGACCAUCCAUGUGGUAGAUGUCAAUGACAAUAAACCUAUUUUCAAACAAAAAUUCUAUAACGUUACCGUCAAAGAGCACACAGCUGUUGGGACAUGCAUCUUACAGGUCACUGCCACAGAUGCUGAUGAUGCUGAGUUUGGAUCAGUGCAAUACUCCCUCUAUGAUGGCUUCAGCAGCAAGGAUGACCACCCUUACUUUCACAUCAACUCUGUUACUGGGGAAAUCUGUGUGUCUCAAGAUAUUGAUCAUGAAGCUGGCCUUGUGACCUUUGACCUGUCAGUUAAAGCUGAGGAUCAAGAUGGGCUCAGUUCGCAGACAUUUGUUCACAUCAAUGUGGAGGAUGUGAAUGAUAAUGCUCCUGUUUUUAGUCCUGAGAAAUAUGUCACGAGUGUGAGCAUCCAUGCCCAACCUGGCACUGAGCUACUCAGUAUUUUUGCUUCUGACCGGGAUUCUGGGAACAAUGGAAAAAUCACCUAUGAGCUUCUGCCAGGAGAUUCUGCCUCUUUAUUCACUGUGGACCAGUCAACAGGUUCUGUCUGCCUGAACGCUUCACUUUCCCAGCUGCGCAGCAGCAGUGUGAAGCUGUCUGUCUCUGCUCAGGAUGGAGGAGGCAUGUCUGCUGUUUAUCCUGCUAACAUCACAGUUAACAUCUUGCAGAGCGACCAGCCUCCUGCCCUCUUCCAAAAAGCCCACUACACCUUUUCCAUCUCUGAGGAUGCACCCGUGGGCUCCUCUGUUGGUUUGGUUCAGGCUGUUACCCCUGCCAAUUCAGUGGAGCUAGUCUCAUACAUCAUAUCCUCAGGUGACCCUCAGCGGCUUUUCUCAAUUGAUUCCCAGUCGGGCAUCAUCACCACCGGCCAGCCACUGGACUUCGAGUCCCUCUCUUAUGUUAUUCUGAACAUACAGUUCCACAUGGGAACCCUUCCUAUCUACAGCAGUGCACAGGUCAAUAUCUCCAUCACUGAUGUCAAUGACAACCCUCCUGUGUUCCAGAAGACCUCAGAACACAUCACCAUAUCCCAUAACACCCCUCCAGGCACGCCAAUUUUCAUUGCACAUGCCCAUGAUGCUGACAGCGGCCUUAAUGGCAGAAUUCACUAUAUGUUACGUCCUGAGAGCCACUUGUUUUCCAUUCACCCACGUAUUGGGACUCUCAUGCUAAAUGGCGUCCUCUCUGGAGAUUCCAGCCAGAGGUACGAGCUCAACGUCAUAGCUGAGGAUGAGGGUCAUCCUUCAUUGAGCUCUACAUUACGUCUUGUGAUAGAGAUGGAUUCCUUAGGCUCUGUGGAAGAUACAAUGGCCUUUGAAACUUUGGUUUAUCAAGUGGAAAUUGGAGAAAGCGCUCCAAAAGACACUAGAAUGAUUCAGGUACGUGCUCAUGGAACCAGAUCCCAGCAUGGAGGGACCCCUGGCAAAGCGCCCCCUGUCAUUACUUACUCCCUUAAAGCCCUCUCUGGAGUCCCACCAUUCAGAAUCCACCCAGAAACUGGAUGGAUGUUUGUAUCUCAGAGUCUUGACUAUGAAACUGAACCCAUCUACAGAUUUAGUGUGUGUGCAAAGGCACAAAAUGGCAAAACGGAGGCCACAGCAACGGUGGUUGUCAUGGUUCAGGAUGAGAAUGACAAUGCACCUGUGUUCAGUAGGGAUGUGUACUUCUUCAGUUUGCAGGAGGGACCGUCUCCUCAUGGGAUGAUUGGGACAGUAAAAGCUACAGACAGAGAUUCACGUAACAAUGGAGUAUUGUCCUACAUCCUGCUGUCUGAGGGAAAAAACUUUCGCAUCAACCCCAGAACAGGAGAGAUCAUAAACAUGGUGGCUUUGGAUCGUGAGGAGCAAGCACAGCAUGUUUUGAGGGUGAUGGCCACAGAUCAGGGUCGACCACGUCUUAACUCCACCACUACUGUUCACAUCCUUGUCACAGACGUCAACGAUAACCCCCCACAGUUCACACACCUACCUGCCACUAAAGAGCUAAACUUGCAGGUGUGGGCAGGCAUUCCAGUGAAUUCUGUUGUAAUCACUAUGUUUGCUAAAGACCUGGAUGCUGGAGAGAAUGGAACCGUCAAGUUCACAAUGAAAGAUAAUCGACUGGACCACUUUAGUAUUGAUAACCGUAAUGGUGAUGUCAGGGUGACAUCACGGUUCUCCUCAAACCCACAGCAGCGCUACACCCUGAGAGUUGUUGCCACAGACGAUGGUCUUUUUCCUCUGGAGGAGACUGCAGUUAUUCACAUACAGGUUUAUGCCUUAGACCAACAAAACGGAAACUCAAAGGAUUUUCAGAGCCACAAAUACUUCACUGUGGGGGAAGAUGUAAAACUGGGAACUGUCGUUGGAUCACUUGGGAUUUCUAAUGCACCAGAUAUGCAGUUACGAUAUUCUAUUGUCGAGGGUGAUGGUAGUUUACAGUUUGGCAUCAAAAGCUCUAGUGGCGAGCUUUAUGUGGCACAACAUCUGGACUACGAAGUCACACAGCGCUACUUCCUGGUUGUCCGUGCAGAAGCCCCUCCCACGUAUAAUGUCACUGCAUUUGUGGUGAUCAGUGUUGUUGAUGUCAAUGACCACACCCCCUGGUUUCCUGGUAAUGACAACUUUGUUGUGUUCGGUGUUUAUGAGGAUGUUACCAAUGGAACGGCGGUGUAUGUGUUUAAUGCACAUGAUGGUGAUGGAAGUCUGCAUAACAGUGAGCUUUAUUAUUCUUUGACCUAUGACCCCGACCCUGCCAUAGAGGGACUGCCUUUACACAUCGACCCUCACACUGGAGUUGUCAAAACAAAUGGACGGUUGGACCGUGAGCACACCGAGAACAUUGUAUUCAGAGUCACUGUCAGUGACAACGCAGAAGAGCCUGCUGAUAGGAAACAAACAUCAGUCAUAGCUCAGGCGAUUCUGUUGGAUAUCAACGACAAUAAUCCCACAUUUGUCUCCACUGAAAUGGCUUGUGUCCCAGAGGACACAGAGGUGGGACUUUUGGUUCAUCAUGUGAUGGCUAAAGAUGAAGACGAAGGGAGUAACGGGCAUGUCAUUUACAGUGUAAUUUCAGGCAAUGAGAUGGGCUACUUUCAUAUGGAAAGCACAGGGCAUCUGUACCUGAAUUCAUCCCUGGAUUAUGAAUCCCAGAAUGUCCAUAUCCUCACUAUCCAGGCCAGGGACAGCGGCAUCCCCUCUCUGUCUUCUACUCAGACGCUCACAGUGAAGAUUUUGGAUGUUAAUGACAAUCCUCCUGCCUUCCAGCAGCACAUUUACAAUACCACCGUCAUGGAGAACAGAGAACCCAGAGAGAUCAUUGUCACAGUCACUGCAGUUGACCUGGAUUCAGAGGCGAGUUCUGCUGUUAGCUACAGCUUGUUACCUGGUCCUGGAUAUGAGCUCUUUACGAUAAACUCCCACACUGGUGAGAUCAGCACCUCCACUCAGCUAGACAGAGAGAUCCAAUCCAGUUUUACUCUCAGAGUUCAGGCAGAGGACAGUGGGACUCCGUCUCUGUCCAGCACUGCCACAGUCUUGUGCUCUGUCCUGGAUGAUAACGACAACACUCCAGAAUUUUCUCAGCCUGACUUGCAUAUAGUUAUCCCAGAGAACUUGCCACCAGGAGUCAUUCACAUCCUCCAGGCCUCAGAUAUUGAUAAUGGACUAAAUGGAACUAUUCAGUACUCCAUAGAAGACGAUGAAGAGUGUUUCAGCAUUGAUGCUGUUACUGGAGCAAUCAGCACCACGAGAAUCCUGGACCGAGAGGAGCGAUCCAACUACUCGCUCGUCAUCACUGCAGCUGACCAUGGGCAUCCACCUCUGAGCUCCACUGCACUGCUGCACGUCACCCUCUCAGAUGAAAAUGAUAACAGCCCCUCGUUCACUCGGAAAAGCUAUCGUUCCAGCAUUAGCGAGGGGCUCCCUGCAGGUUCAGAGAUCCUACAUCUGAUAGCAUGGGAUCCCGACGAGGGGCCCAAUGGUGUAGUGACCUUCUCCUUGGAGGAGGAAAAUUCUGGAAACUUUUAUGUUGAUGGCUCUACUGGUGUGAUAAGGCUUACAAAGCCAUUGGACCGUGAAACUCGUUCCCAGCAUGUUUUCCGUGCUGUAGCUACUGACAGCUGCAGCCAGGGUCCACGCAGCUCAAUCGCUACGGUUACAAUACAAGUGGAAGAUAUUAACGACAAUCCACCGGCAUGUAUUAACAAGUCCAUGCAGGUGUCAGUGUCUUCCAUGACCACACGUCCCAGUCGACCCAUCAUAACGGUUACAGCCCAGGAUCCGGACCAGGGAGACAAUGGGACAGUAGUUUUUAGCUUAGCAGAAGAAGAUGAGAUGUUUCAGGUUGAUGAUUCUGGAGCUGUGAGGUUGAAAGCCCCCCUGAGUAAUGAGGUGUAUGGGACAAAGGUGCUCCGUAUACGGGCUGCGGAUCUAGGUAGACCUUCCCUCACCUCUAGCUGCCUUGUGCUCAUUCAGCUUAACGGUGCAGAGCCACCGUUACAGUUUACUGAAGAACUCUAUGAAGUCACGAUGCCAGAGAACAGCAAGACAGGUUCUUGGGUGGCAAAUGUUGUAGCUCAUGACCAGGCAGCAGAUGAAGGAGCGAUCAAGUACAGUAUUUUCAGUGGCAAUGACAAUGAAGCCUUCACUAUUAACCCAAUUACAGGUGAUAUCACAGUUAGGGAGCAGAGACUGAUGGACUUUGAGGUACAGCAUAAAAUUCACCUAGUGGUUCUGGCUGAAAACGGACACCAAACAGCCUACGCCAGGGUGGCUAUCACUCUACAGGACGUCAAUGACAAUGCACCAGUGUUCAAGCAAAGCUACUAUAGAACAGCUGUAUGGGAGGGACAGAUUCAUAACACCUAUGUCAUGCAGGUGUUAGCAACAGAUUCUGACAGUGGUGUAAAUGGGCAGAUCAGCUAUUUCAUUGUGGAUGGGAACCACAAUAAUGCAUUUGUGAUCGAUUCUGUUCGUGGGAUUCUUGCCACCAAUGCUGUUUUGGACAGAGAAAUUGUCUCAUCCUACAAGUUAAUUCUUCAGGCUGAGGACAUGGGAAGUCCUCCCCUUACAGGCACCUGCACUGUCCGUGUCCAGGUUGUAGAUGUGAACGACAAUAGUCCUACAAUUCCAUCCAUGGAACCAGUGACCAUUGCAGAAAAUCUUCCUGUUGGCUACAUUGUCACCCAAGUGACUGCAAAUGAUGUAGACCUUAGCCCUUCUGCAACAUACAGAUUCAUAGAGAAGGAUCAGACCAGCAGACGUUUUGCAAUUGACCAGUACUCAGGAGUAAUUACCACAACUAAAAGUCUGGACUAUGAAGAUCAAGCUGUCUAUACAUUGAGAGUGGAAGCAUCAGACUCUGUCCAUCAAACUGAGGCUGAAAUCUCCAUCAGGGUGUUGGAUGUCAAUGAUAACCCUCCAGUCUUCUCUCAGGAGUCAUACAAGGUUGUGUUGCCUGAGCAGACAUCAGCAGACUCAUAUGUUGUGUCUGUAUCAGCAACUGAUAAAGACUCUGGCCAAAAUGGAAGAAUUUCUUAUAGGCUUCUUUCCUCCCCAGCGAGAGGAUUCUACAUUGAUCCUUACAAUGGUUCAGUGUUUACCAACAAACCUCUGAACUAUGUUGCAAAUGGAAACAUGUUACGGUUACUGGUGGAGGCACGUGACAGUGGUGACCCAAACCUAUUUAGUGUCACUUCUGUGGACAUAGAGGUGGUGGACUUUAAUGAUAAUGCCCCGUUCUUCACGCAGAACUCAUACGAGGUGAGUGUUCCUGAGGAUCUAUCUGUCGGAAGCACUCUCCUCACUCUCUUCGCAGAGGACAAGGACUACUCAAAUAAAAACACGCAUUUGGAUUAUGCAAUCAUAGGUGGAAAUGACAAGAGGCGGUUCUGCCUUGAUGUUGUUAGUAUUCCAGGUGAAGCCCAAAGCCGAACUGUUGGCCAAAUAGUGCUCUGUGAUACUCUGAACCGAGAGGCCACAGACACUUACUUAUUGACUGUGACUGUAACGGACAGGGGAACCCCUCCCCUUAACAGCUCAACUGUGGUAACAGUCAAAGUCCUUGAUAUUAAUGACAAUGCACCUGUUUUCAGUAGUCCAGAAUACCAUGCACAGGUUACUGAGAACAGCCCCUUAGGUACAGCCCUUAUCUAUAUCUCUGCCUAUGAUCCUGAUAUAGGAGAAAACGGGACUGUAAUGUACAACAUUAUCUCAGGUAACAGCAAAGGCCUGAUCAGAGUGGACUCUUCAACAGGCAUUCUUGAAGUUAAUGGUACACUGGACUAUGAAGAGGAUAGCAAAUUAACCCUAACAGUCCAAGCAUCAGAUGGUAACCCAAGUGACAAAAAAAUAUCUUUUGCCGUUGUUUACAUAUUGGUACUGGAUGAGAACGAUCAUUCCCCAUUCUUCAUGUUCCCCACCCACAACUGCUCUGUGCCUGAAAACCUGCCAGCUUUUACCCAUGUGUGCACAGUACAUGCUGUUGAUGAAGAUGCAGGAACCUUCGGACUUCUUACUUAUUCUAUUUUAACCGCCUGUUUUGUGGAUUAUGACAGUAGCAACCCAGAGAAGAAAGAAGCCUUUGGUAUUGAUCCUCUUACUGGAGACAUCCAUACAAAACAGACGUUUGACUAUGAAGGAGAGAGUGAAUUCUGCUUUGUGGUUGAGGCACGUGACAAAGGAGAUCAAGUGGCAACCUUGCGAGUACGAAUUGAAAUUGAAGGCAUUGAUGAGUUCAGCCCCAUCUUCACACAGAACGUGUACCAUUUCUCUCUGCCGACCAGUGUCAGGGUUGGCCAAAGUAUAGGCCAGCUGAUGGCUAUGGAUCAUGAUGGUGGUAUGGAUGGUUUGGUGGAAUACUCUUUAGUCAACCCAUCCCCAUUUUUCAGUGUCAACAAAACAACUGGCUACCUAUAUAUCUCAAACUCUGUGUAUCAGAAAAGAAGCCCCAUCUCAAAUGAGACAACAGAGGACCUGACUGUUCUAGCAAGCAGCCCCAAACUAGACUCCAGGACGUCAAUCUGUCAUGUAGUUGUGAACAUAUCCAGUUCAGCAAAGGCUCUGACAAGUGUUGAUCUCAGUGUCCACACUGCCAGUCUCACGGUGUCAUUGAUAGUGUUCCUCCUACUUUUAAUAAGCUUUAUUUACAUUGUUCUAAGGUACAGGCUCAAAGAGAAAUCUGCAAAGAAAUCAACUUCCUUAUCUGCUAACCUCAACCAUGAGUCUGACUCUUUAGAAACAACAGGUGAGAACCUUCACAGCAGUAUCAGCGAUAUUAACCUCCAAGAUUUACAAGAACCAUUAGGCAUGUUGCAAAGAAUGGAUAUCCCAAUCCCUUCAAGAAACUCAAACUCGAAAACCUCGAGUGGAAGAGGAUCUACGGAGGAAGAGACUACUGAAGAUCAAGAGAUCAAAAUGAUCAACAAGUUUGCAUGUUUUAAACAGCUCAGCUCUGUCACAGCACAACAGGCAUCAAGAGUCUCAGACUCAGGGAUCCCUGGGGACUCAGACCAACUCUCCUUUCACUCGGUAGAUGAAGACCCAUCUUCCAGUGCCAAUAUAGGUAUAGUCCAAAUAGUGGACAUGCCCAGUUCUGAAAGUCUCCAUAAUUUCAAGGAUGAAGGAGGAGGUGAGGGGAUGCUCCCUCAGGUGGUAAACAUGAAGGAAGUGGAGGAAGUCAUGAGAAGGUGCAUGUCUAUGUCUGAUGACCAAGGUUCAGUUGAGGGCUCACUCACCAAUCUGAUUUCCUCUGAGGAACAGCUGCAUGGAAGCUACAGUUGGGACUACUUUCUCAACUGGCAGCCACGCUUCCAAUCUUUGGCCUCUGUUUUUACAGACAUUGGGAUGCUUCCAGAUGAAGGAAUGAGGGCCAGAGAUUUGGCGCCAGAGUCUCAGAGCCUUCUACGGCCACCUCCUCUCAUCACAGCAGUUGCCCAAUCAGGAAUACGUGCUGUCCCUCCCAGAAUGCCCUAUAGAAGAUCACCACUGGUCAGAUUGCCCACAUACACCAAGACUCACACUAGAAACACAGAGCCAUUGACCCAUUCAGCAAUGACUCCUAGUUUCUCCCCCUCUCUGUCAGUACUUACCGUUAGGACACCUAGUACCUCUCCAGUGGUCUCAGAAACAGGUUUGGGAUGCUACACAAAAGUUGCAACACUGCCAAGAGACAUCUUGGAUGAAGCAGAGAUUCAAGUGUAAUCUUGUAUUUCAAAUAUUUUUGUUUUUUCAAAGCAAAUGUAAAAUCUUCACUUCUUUAAGUUACA